GACACAAGUCGCACCUAAAACACCAGGGGUCGUAGAUUGUUCAUCUCCAGCAGGUUCCAAAUUAACCACUUCAGCUUCUACUGUGUGUGCCGUUUCUCUUCAAAAUCUUGGAAAUUGUACAAUGCAAAACAAAUAUGGAUAUGGAAAUGAUACUCCGUGCGUUCUUGUAAAAUUGAACAGAAUUUACGGCUGGAUUCCGGAACCGUUUGGUCUCCAAGAAGGAAAAUUUCUUUCCCAUGAUUUUCUUCAAACUGAAUUAGAGCAAAAAGAGGAAAUGCCACAAGAACUCAAACAAUUUAUCCUUAACGAGGUGAAAAAUAAUAAAGGCAAUGAGACUCAAGUGCUGAAUAAGGUCUGGAUUUCAUGUGGCGAAGAGAAUACAACGACCAAUUCUGCUACUGGUAAAUUGCCACAUAGCGGCGUGUCAUACUAUCCGGAAAGAGGAAUUCCAACCAACUAUUUCCCUUUUCUGAGUCAGCCAAAUUAUAAAAGCCCAUUUGUAAUGGUACAGUUUCAAGUUCCUCGUAUAUCCCGUCACACUGUCAUACAAAUGGAAUGCCGAGCCUGGGCUAAAAAUAUUCAUCACGAAGGAAAUCUCAUCAAUGGACUUGGAACCGUGAAAUUUGGGUUGCUGAUUAACUGAUUACUAAAUAAUACUUAUAAAUUUAGCUGAAUUUAUGUAGUAUGGGGUCGGGUACAACUAGGCACCUUGUUUACAUAAAAUGAAAUUAUGUAAAAGCUAAAUAUUUCAGUAUGAGGUCAAUAAAUGCAAUAAAGUGCUAAUAACAAGUUUCAAGGUUAUGGUCACAUUACGAUUGUGAUGAAUCAAAAAGUUUAAAAUAAUUUUAAGUUAAAAAUAAUUUUUUGAAUGUCAUGAUAAAAAUGUUACCACCAGAAAUUGAUACACGAAAUAUGCUCCAAAGCACUUUAUUAAUGAUUUUUAUUAGUCUAGGGUCGGUGUAUGAUAAUAUUGUCGAGACAUAAAAUUAUAUGUGUAAUAAAUAAAUAGUAUUUACAUUUACAAUGUCGCAUUUUCCAGUAAGGUGCUCGGAGUUUUGAAAAUACCUGAUUGGCAACUUCAGGUAUUAACCACGUAAUACAAGUUGCGUAACCAGUUGAGUUACAUGUUUUUGAUUUUGGUAGUCUGAGUUUUUGAAUUUUUAAAUGUCCCAUCCCAACAUCAUUGAAUGACUUGACCUAUUCUCUCUACGCAAUAAUCACCCUUUAGAGAAGGAAGUGUAGCCAUUGUGGAAAAUUAGAGCAGUUUUAUGUACUACAAAAAGAGUCAGGUUGAUGGUGCAUACUUACAUAUUUAACGGGAGGUCCAACAAUAUCCUAACCUGUUUUUGAAUAUGGCUCAAUUAAAAGAUGAAGCCGGUUCUCAUCUGCACACCGGUUCAUUAUUAUUGCCAGAAUGUCAAAACUGGGACCAAGUCAGUAUAACUUUGUGAAUCAAUGUGAAUCAUCAAUCAGCUCACCCAAAAUAAAGCAUGCAUUGGGUACACAUUUUGUGUGCAUCAGUUUUCAUAGGGCUAGCACAUCCGGUCAUUGUCCGUGGAGAAGGAGACGUGCCCAAAAGUGAUGUCCUAACCAAACGUCAGGAUUCCGAAGACGAUGAAGCUAGUCAAGAAGAAAAGGAUCGCGAAUUGAAUGAAAUUGUUGACGGCAAAUCACAUUAUGACGACGUGGACGAGGACCCUUCUGAAAUGACACGGGAAGAACUAGCAGCAAAGAUUGGACAAGCUCGUAAUGAAUUUGCAAGAAUACCAUCCGCUUCUUCGAUAGGGUGGGAUACUUUUCCUCCCCUUCCAAAUAUUGGUCCUCCUCAAAUUCCUGGAAUGCAAAUGCAAAUGCAACCCCGACCACCUGGACAGACGGGUUCGGCAUGUUGCGGUUCGAAACCAAAACCUCCAUCAAAUGGAUGGCAACCUCCAAACAACGGCUGGCGACCACCCCAACCAUCAAACAACAACGGAUGGCAGCCGCCACAACCGCCAAACAACAAUGGAUGGCAAAACCCAACUAAUGGCUGGCGACCUCCAAACAACGGUUGGCUACCCCAACAACCGCCAAACAACAAUGGAUGGCGACCACCACAACCGCCAAACAAUGGAUGGCUACCCCAACAACCACCAAACAACAAUGGAUGGCGACCUCCAAACAACGGCUGGCUACCUCAACAACCGCCAAACAACAAUGGCUGGCGACCUUCGCAACCGCCGGCAAACAACGGCUGGCUACCUCAACAACCACCAAACAACAACGGAUGGCAACCACCAACCAGUGGAUGGAACCCUCCUCAAAACAACCCACCUUAUCAACCACCGUAUCAGCCUCCAUCAGGAUUUCCACCAGGCUAUCCUUCGCUUUACCCAAACCCACCAUCAGACUACUAUCGUCCACCCCAACCUCAAGGGCCUGGUAAUAAUUAUCCACCCAGCUAUCCCCCAAAUCCUUUCUACCCUCCUCCAGACUUCCAAGGUGGAAAUUACGGCUUCCCCCCGUCUUUCGGGUUUUACCCUCCAUACAAUCCUUUUGGUCCUACAUUCCCUUACAAUCCAAGCUCAAGAUCAAUUUCCACAAGCCCUCUCUAUCCCAACCCCCCAUUCAACGACGGUGGAAGUAUCCUCGGCAACGUCAUUUCUGGUCUACUGCCCUUCCGAAGGAAAGGAGGAUGGGACGACACUAGUGACGACCACAGUGACAUGAGUACAAGUCAGUCCAACAUGAGUUGGUUACAAACAAUCCUUGGUCAGCAAAGACUUAGAAAAUCUAUCCGAACUCCAAAAAUGGAUACAUUCCUAUUUCCGAGUGAAUUGCCAUUAAAACAGACAAAGAUUACCUGAGUGAAAUUAAACUAUAGGGGUAUUAAUUUGGGUAUUUUGGUCAAGGGUAAAAUGGGUUUUCUAGUUAGUCAGAAAAGUGUACAGCAAAUAUUGUUUCUAGAUAGUUUAAGUUACGACACAUUUUAUAAAUAAAGUGAAAAUUAUUAUGGAUAUCGCAA